UUGGAAUUAGGCGGUUGCCUAGCAAACAGACCAGAGAGCGGCAAAGUGGCGCUUUUUGUUGUAGUGAGAUAAUGAUCAAAUUAUUGAGCACGAAAAGGAAUUUGGACGGGUAAAUUGAAAGAUAUUUAUGAACUUUGAUAUUUUGUAUCAUGUUGGCGCGUAGUUCUCCUUCUAUACAGCAACCCGCUAGAAGAAAGUCAACAAAGAUCAUUGUAGUUUUUACCACCACCAAGGACCUAUCAGAGCAAUGAACAAGACGGGUCAUUCGAACUACAUUUCCCUGGAAGGCCUCGGUUCAGCCGUUUGACAAGCGAUAGACGCUUCUUGUCUUUCACACUACAGUCUGCAGCUACUAGAGUUGUUAGCUAAAGCACCGUGUAGUCUGUGGCAUUAGGAUGGGUGUAUCAGAUUUACAGUCUGAUAAACACGCUGGUAAGUGACUCGGUUGCUGUUCGGGUCAAACAGACAGCGAGGGUUUAUGCUUUUAUCGGUGGUAGUUUGUUAAUUACUAGCUAACUUAGCAUGCAUCAUUACCACAGGGUACCACUGCUAGCUUGUUUUACUAAUAUAAAGGGUAUCACUGGAGUCAGAUCCUAAUAUUCAUAGUUUUCCCAACAAGCGGUUUCUUUCAGUCCUUCUCGUUUCUCACUGUAUGACUAGUCUUCGCCUUGCCUCUCUCCUCCUCUCUCGUCUGUGAGGGUUUAAGGUAGUAAAACAAUAUGUAGAAAUAUGUAUUAAGGAAUUGGGAAAGAGCAAUUUAACUGAGUCGGUGUUGCAGAGGCCAAAAUAUUCCAACUAAUCUUAAAGUCCUCUGUUAAAUCUAGCCUUAGUGAUUAGUAAAAUGACAGCUGUGUGUUGCAGUUGGUUUGAUCUCCACUUUCUUUGCACCUAUAGGUCCUGUGAUGGAUCUCUCAGCCAUGGGUAUGCAAAAGCUGGAUCCUAAUUUCAUGUGCUCCGAGGACACUCACACCCUCAUCCUGGAUCGCAACCAUAUAAUGAAACUGGACCAUCUGGAACGGAGCCCAGGUCUUAAGCAGGUAGUGAAAUAAAUCCAAAACAUUGUUCCUUCUAAUCCAUUUAUAUACUGAAUGACUUACAUAAUGACUUUUCUUUUUUUUUGUGCCUUUUUUAAUUUUCUCUGUAGCUUUCUGUUGCAAGUAAUCGUCUGGUGAGAAUGAUGGGCGUGUCUCGGCUGACAGAAUUGAAAGUCCUCAAUCUUCCCAAUAACAGUAUUGGAUACAUCGAAGGGCUAAGAGACCUUCCUCACCUUGAGUGGCUCAACCUAUCUGGGAACAAUAUAAAGGUAAUUCUGCCACACAUAAUUUGAAAAUGAACAAAUAUAAUAUAAACGUGUAAAAAGUGGUGAAGUUGAUUCAUAUGUUGCAUGCUUUUAACUCAGGUCAUUGAGCAGCUCAACAACUGUGUUUCCCUUCAACACCUGGAUUUGUCUGAUAAUAACAUAUCAACUAUCGGUGAUCUCACUAAACUAGUGGCGUUAAAGGUAUGUUUUUUUCAUGUCUGGGGUAAAGCAUCACAGACAGAUUGUACAAUAAAGGUGCUGGAUGUCUGUCAAUUUUUUUUAAUUUCUGUCAAUUUUGCAGACACUUUUACUUCAUGGAAACAGCAUCACAACACUCCGUACUGUUCCUGCUCACCUACCUGCUCAUUUAUCCAUCCUCUCUCUGGCAGAGAAUGAAAUUAGGGAUCUUAAUGAAGUAAUUAUUUCUCUCUCUUACUCAGUAAAGCAUCUCUAAUGUUCAUUUAAAUGACAUAGAGGAUGAUGAUUAUUGACAGAUGUUAUCCUGCUUACUCCUUAGGUGUCUUACCUUGCGCCCCUCCAUGACCUGGAGCAGCUGUCCAUCAUGAGCAACCCGUGUGUUAUGUCAACCCCCUCAUUGCCAGGUUUUGAUUAUCGGCCUUAUAUCAUGAGUUGGUGCCUCAGUCUAAAGGUUCUGGAUGGCUAUGUAGUGUCACAGAAAGAAGGGUAUGUUUAAUCCUAAGCGUUUAAGAUUAAUUAAAGUGAAUUACCAGGGUGCUGAAUCGUCUAAUGUUUUGUCAUCACUUCAGUCUCAAAGCAGAGUGGCUUUACAGUCAAGGAAAAGGACGAUCCUACCGACCAGGUCAGCAUGUGCAGCUCGUUCAGUAUCUGGCCACUGUUUGCCCUCUGACGUCAUCACCAGCCCUCGAGACAGCAGAGGACGCCAAAUUGGAGAAGAUCCUCAGUAAGCAGAGGUACAAGCAUGAAGUAGCAGUGCUGCAGAUAAUGGAGCUGCUAUAUAAUCCAAAGCUACUGUAUGUUUUCUUUGCCAAAGAUUGUUCUCAAUGGAAAAAGGUUUUUUUUUUGUGUGUGUGUGUGAAUAUGCUUUGAUGGACAUCUUGUCUCCAAGGUUUCACCAAAGGCAGCUGUUGGAAGAAACAAGAGGAGGGUGUCCCAGCCCACCCCGCCCCACUCAGCUGGAUGUGGAGAGGCACAGUCCCUCUCAUGAAGGACCACAGGGUGGAGCCAGAGAGCCUAAGAGAAUCAGUUCACCUGCACCAGCUGCUGCGCCAUCAUCACGGGAAACAGGUAAGAAGGCUGCUUUGACACUCUACGGGACAGUUUUGUUGAUCUUUUAUCAUCUUAACUAUUUGGAUUGUUCUCUUUUGUACAGAGCCAGUUGUACAAUUUAACACCUGGGUCAGCUGUGAUUCAUCCCAGCCACCAUUGCCAGUAUUUCGUAGCCUAAGGCUUGGAGAAGAGCAUAUGUAUUUGGAGGAUGUGCUGACAGAUGAGGAUAAGAUAAACAGCAGCAUGCUUUCCUCAGAGUCCACCUUCCUUCCUGUCACGUCUGAUCUGGAUCCACCAAUGACCCACUCUGACAGUGAGGAUGAGACAGAGACAUUUGAACCGGAUUCACUGGCUCCUAAGAGGCCAGCACAACCCAAGAAGCACAACACUAAUAAAACACAUCAGUCACCAGUUAACAAGCAUGAGAGGUGUCCUGAAGAAGAAGUUCUUUCUUGUGCAGCUGAAACAGCUGGAACACCGGCACUUGGAGUAAGCACACUGCAAAGUGCUCAGAAAACAUCCUCUGACCAAAGUGAAGUUGAGAUAAAAGAAGCCACAAAACAGGAGGAACUUUGUACAGGUGCAAGUCAUUCAUCUACAAUGAAGGCAGACCAGGCAGCGGUUAAAAUACAGUCGUGGUGGAGGGGACAGCACACUCGCUGUUGUCACCCCAUGGCCAAAGAAGUGCGCAGUGAAAUCCGCCUACGCAGGAUGCAAGAACACAUCCUCUUCUUGUCUGAAAAAUUGGACAGGUACCUCAAUGACUUUCUGCUUUCCUCGUGAUGUAGUUUCCGUUCUGCUUUAUGACGGGUUGCACUUUGACAGAUGCUGUGGUCUUCUUUUAAAGAUAUAAAUAUGAGUAUAAACACCAAAAUGUACACAGAUUCAGAUACUGCAAUAAUGAAGAACAUGUCUGUGUACAGGGUGCAGCAGCAUUAUGAAGAGGAGCGCUUACAGAGGCUGGUCCAAGAGGAAGCUGUUAAGUUUCUGUGGAAACAGGUCAGUUCUCCCUGGUUCAAUGACUUGUUGGAUAAAAUGUUGCUCUUUAGGGGACUUUAGCACUUUUAGGGGACUAUUCUCCUUCAGUUUGAAUCCUACAACACAACAAUGUACUUUUAGUGAAAUUUAUGAUAAGUUUAACUUACGCAACGAUGUUGGCAGUUUUAGCCACAUUUACACUGAUUGAAGGGGUGAAUUCUUAAGUUAACAGCAAUAUUUACUGUUCAAGGUGUUGCUGAGUCCCAUGGGAAUUGUAGUACUUUGACAUGUUUUUGGUAAUAAACUGAAAUAAAUGGAAACUCAGCAAACAGCCCCAAGGCCAGAGGGACAAGAAAAAAAAGCUAAUGUUUGUGAUACCACAACAUUUGAAAAUUGUAAAAACUUUAAGACAAGGUUGAGUGGUUGGCUUUAAAAAAAGACAGACACGAUAAAGCUGCAGAUGGCUUUCAUGAGAUGAGAUAACUCAAAUGUCUCAUUAAUUCUGCCUCAGUAUGACACCUUGUUUGUGCUCCUUCUGUAGCUCCAGUCUAUGCAGCAAUGGAAGCAGUCUGUGGAGCAGCAGAUGGCUACCAUAACUCAGGCUGUCACUCCAGCUCUGAUCUCAGCUCCUACACUUUGUGAGACUGCCCCACCUCUUGUGUCCAGCACAAAGAACCCUCCCAGCACAGAGGUCUCCUUCCCAGACUCAGGCUUCCCAUCCACAGGUGAUCAGCGGGCGACACAGGAGGACAGUUUCUUGAGCAGUGGGACAACAGACUCUUUGAAAACAGUUCGAGCACUAAGUCCUGUUCCUAGUGGUUUUGCUGUGGACAGUGCAGACUGCAGCCUAUUGGAGCAGUACCUCUCCUCUGUACAGCAGAGGGAGCAGGAGGCAGAGGAAUCAGUCAGUGAUAGAACAGAAACACCACAGCCCUCCUCACCGGUAUCGCCAAACAAAGAAGCACAGGACAAGUCCUCCCUGGAGAAGGCAGACAACCAUUCAGAGGAGCAGAGCAGGGAGGAGAGCACUUCUGGCCCUGCCUGAGAGUGCACCGCUUAUGGGCACUUGUACAAAGCUACUUAUUGUGUGUAAAUGGGGCACUAUCUGGAGGAUCAGAUGCAUUGGUCCCCGUGUAGACUUGUAAUGUCUGACAGCUGCUAUUGUCUCAUUACUGGCCCGAAUCUCAAAUGACAGUGCACAUACUCUCCUUUGUUAUUUAAGAUUAAACAAAAGGCAGACAUGGAAGUAAUAUGUUCCUGUGAAUGUAAUUCAAGUGCUUUUCAAAACUUGGAUCUGUUGUCUUAGUCAGUGGACAGUUUUCCCCAUUUGUAAGGGUAAUGAUCGUCAUGUAGCUUUGGAGGACAUUUGGAACUUCAGUGAGUGGGUUGAUAUGUUUACUGAUUGAAAAACCUGGCACAGUAAUAUGUAUUCCCUCUAUCAAUAUCCAUCGCAUAUAUUACAAGAUACAAGGUAAAAUAAAUCAUACAAGAGAUUAGUGUGUAAUUCAAACCCCUAAAAAUACAAGACAGACAAUAAGUAGUAUAUCUAUAACCACAUACUGAAUAAUAACUGUUUUUAUAAACUUGAGAUACAUUACCUGAAAAUGUCGUAGCACCAUCUUAAAAAUGUCAAUAAACUCAACUGUUUUCCACUUA